UUUUAUUUUGUAGUGAAGCUCCCCUAGGCAGGGGGUGAAAAUACCAAAGAGGAGUUGCCAAGGAAAAAAAAGAACAAAGAGGAGCGAACUGUUAACAGAACUAACAUUCAUAGGUUAUGCCAUGGAGUUCAGGUCUAGAGAUUACUCUACAGAACAAAAAGUCCAUGCGCUUCCUCGCUCACGCGCUGAUCACCAUCCUCUCUCAACUCUAUCUCCAUCUCCACACAACCAGAUUGUUGUUGUUGUUGCAAAUCGCGAAGAUAAUAAAAACAACGAUUUCUUUGAUCCGCUAAGAGGAGGAGGAGAUGUUAAUGCAGCGAUAUCUAAUGAGAAUACACCUGAUAAUGUUGAUAAUGUUACCUUUGUUGUUAAUCUUUCUAGUGAAGCUAGUACUCGAACUUCAUCAAAAGAGUGGAACUCUUUUAAGAGAUUCUUGAUGCAAAAGUUUCCUGUUUCUAAAAUGAUUUCUGUUUCUUAUAUGCCUGAUGUGAUAAUAAAAAGUGGCAAAGAACUCGACAAAUCUUCAAAAAGUACACACAUAGAGGAACUGAAUGAUUCGCAGAAAGAACACGAAGAGGAUGCUAAGGUCAUCACUCGGCAGGAGUAUGUCUCACGCUUAAAUGAGCUCAAAGAUGAGAUUAUGCGUGCUUGGCAUGGUGAAGAUCGUGUAACAGCUUUGAAGUUGUCUAUAAAGGUUGCUAAGCUUCUGAUGGAUACAUCAGUUCUACAGUUUUAUCCUACAUUAUUUGUUCUCGCUACAGAUGUGAUGGACAUGCUUGGAGAUAUGGUAUGGAAGCGAAUCAGGCAGAAAGCUGAACUUUCUGAAAGUGGAACCUUUCUCCGUACAUUACCAGAGAUCUUUAAAGCAAGUGAUAUUUGCUCUGAUGCUAAGGAUACUUGCAAUAACUGGUUUUGCAAAGUGGGUUCCAUCCGAGAGCUUCUUCCACGCAUAUAUUUGGAGCUGGCCAUAUUCCCUUGCUGGCGUUUCCUGCUUGAUCAUCCGGAAGAUAAUCUCCAGCGCCUGGUUAUGAUGACAAGAGGGUUAGCAGAUCCAUUGGCAUCUGCCUAUUGCCGUCUAUAUAUGGCUCACUGUGCAAGGAAGUUACCUGGAUCUGAUAAGGGAUACCUCAUUACAUGUGUUAAUGAUAUCAAAAUUCUACUGGGCGAUCUUUUAUCAACAAAGGGACCCCCAGAUAAACAAUUUGCAGGCAAAAUAAGACUGCUUGUCAGUCUGAUUGAACCAGCGAUCGAGUAUAUUAUGAAAUGCAUAUUUGAAAAUGCAUCUCAGAGCCAAGUACACUCUGUACUUGUGGAAAUUGGAUUAGGAAGGAACUUCCCAUGUGUCUCAAUUGUUCUUCACAAUCUACUGAAAGAACUUCCAACUGAAGUAAUCAGCUCCAACGCUGUGGAUAUCCUGCAUCUAAUAAAGGGCAGUAAUGACUAUUCUUUUGAUCAGUAUUUGAAUUUUAGGUUACUUGGAUUUAGACUGGCUGAAAGCAGAUCUCAAAUGGACAUCAUCAACUCAGUAAUGGAUGAAGUUAUUCAGGCUAUUGCUGAAUAUGAUAAACUUGAUGAGUACUUGAAGGUUGUUGAUGCUUAUGUCGAAAUUGUUCUUCAAAAUCAAAUGGAUAACUAUUUGAACAUCCUUUUGGAAGGUCUUUAUACACGAGCAUGCAGUAAAGAGGCUGUUGAAGAUGAACAGGGAUGCUUGCAGUCCAUUAUGCUGAAACUUCUUUCUCACUUGAAGGACUUAAACAACGUACUUUCUUUGAAACAUUUUCUUGACAUCUUGGAUGUAAUGUAUGGGAGCUCUCGAAGUUUCAUCGAUAUGCAUAUUCUUAAUAUGGCAACUAGGUAUGGUCAAAUACAUGAUCCAUCAACCAUACAGUUGCUUUUUGAAAUUUCUCAGUCACUGCAUGAUGGUAUAGAUUUUGCAAGUAUGAAGGAUGAUGACAAUCAACAGCCAGCACACCUGAUUUGUCGUUUUGUCCAGAUGGUUGACUAUGGGGCAGAAAUGGAACAGCAUUUAACAUUUUUGGUUGAGUGUCGUGGAGCUUUUGGUAGCGUAAAUGAACUUAAGGAAACUCUUGUACAUUCGAGCAAUUAUUUGGCAACUAAAGCUUUGAAAGAUGGAAAGAAGCACCUUACUUUAGUCAAAUCUUGCUUAGCUUUUAGCGAGGUCACUAUACCUUCUAUUGCAGCUCAAGUUAGGCAGUUAAAUCUAUAUCUUGAGACUGCUGAGGUUGCCUUGUUAGGUGGGUUAAUUUCUCAUUCAGAUGGGUUGAUAAUCUCUGCAAUAAGCUGCUUAGAAAAUGUGGACUUCGCUGGCGGCUCUCAGACUCCAACUGAUGUUGAUGGAAUACUCUCCUCAAUUCGAAAAUUAUGUAGUCUCUUGGUUAUGGUUCCAGGAGUUCGUAUGAGAGAAUAUAUAAGAAAAAGUGGGAAAGAAAAAAGAAAGAAAAACUUUGCGAGUUAUAAAACAAUUUCUUCUGGUAAUUCCGACCAAGGUGUUACAAAUAUCCCAAGUAGCAUUGUCUCCCUCAUUUGUUCCAGAUCAUGGAUGACACCGAGAAUGAAGACAAAAUUCUUUUGUGCAAUAAUUCUAUUGUUGGCUACACUUUCUCAGAAUAAGCUCCCGUAUCAUGUGUGUAACUCAGAGAUUCUGGGCAAUGACUUGUUAUACUUCGGUGACUCAUCCUAUGUCCAUGAACUUGUUUCAAUGUCUGAAUCUGUUCUUUGGAAUCUAGUUAAGUUUAUAGAGCUUGAGCCUUCCAAGGCUGCUCGUGGAAGUUUGGCACUUGAAGCAUGUAACUGCAUAGCAUUAUCCUUCAAAGUAAGCGAGGAUAUAUUGCAAGUUUGCUGGAAACUGAUUGAAACUGCCGAACUUUGUUUGAGUACAAAUGACAGAUUUCUGCAGUCUACCAUCAAAUAUUUAGAUGAGCAUCUGCCUAAUUUUCGAGCAAUGCCAUCUGUGGCAGUCUGAUUUACGCCCAAGGGCAUAAGGUCAAUCGACACUUUAAAUGGAUGAAAAUUUAGGAAAUACAUAGUUCUAUAUUGAUUGUCUCUCUGUAUCAUGGCCGCCAUGGACAUCAUAUGAACAAAAACUUGCUCUGUAAUUUUUAGAUGCAUAUUCUUUUAUUUUAUUUUUUUUUUUUUUUCCCCUUUUUGGGAGGUCAAGUAAAGCAUAUAUUAAACUGUAGCUGUGUACGGAUCCAGUGUCUCUCUAGUCUUCGCUAAAGAGUAAACAAGUCAUCAGAAGGGACACCAUAUGCUUAUGCAGAAACAGUCACCAUAGACAAAUGCCAAGGUUUGUUUAUUUUGGAUUC